AUGAAUAUCGUCUCAGGUGCAUUGUAUCUCUACGUAUGUAUAUGUACUGUAGUAUAUGGUAAAGCAAAAAUACCAAUCACCUUGGAUACAAGUAUUGCUGUUUCUACAGAACACAUCCUGAAAACCAUAAAAUACAAAAGUUGGAGUACAUUCAGAAUAAUAGAUGAUGAUAAAAGAAUAGGAGAAGUUAGAAAUGGUCCGAUACCUGUAAAAGAUGAAGGAGAUAGUAAUAUUAUAGAAAGAGUGGUCUACCAGAAACGCAUUGAUGAUAAAUUAAUCAUUAGGAUAGUUAGCGAGUAUGAGAAUGGCUCCGUAAGCACAGAAGAAUUUGCAAUUGGAAACCAAGAAUCAAGACAUUGUUCAAAAAUAGUACGGGAAGGUAUACCUUUGGAUCUUAAGGCUGAAAACUUUCAAAAUGAAUAUAUUCAAACCUCACUCGUAUAUCCACAAUGGAAAGAAUUUAAAGUUAGGAAAAAAUAUGCUUUGGAGUACAAAAUAACUAGUGUUUAUGAUGGAGAAGUACGGGUUUUAGAGGAUGAAGAUCCUAAUAUCAGAGUGAGAUAUGUACACAAACUACAAUUAGGGACAUGGGAAAAGUUCCAAAAGGCUUGUCUUCCCGUCCUAGCCUACAGAAAUCCUACUAUAGUAAGAAUAUACACAUACUUUGAAGAUAAGAGACGAAGAUUUGAUGAGUUUGUUGAAGACUUUACUCGCGGUGUUAGAUCAUAUAAAGAACUUGUAAGGUCACCUGUAAUGUUAGAUUUAUCCAAGGAAAAUAACGGUUUUAUCAAGCGGUACAAAACUGCAAAAGGAAUGUCUGGAUAUAAAAUAGCUUCCAAUUAUAAGAAUUCCAUGAGAAUAGGAGCCGUUGUAAAUGGGCCCAUUGUGGUCGCUGAAGAUCGUCACGAUAUUAGAAUAAGAGUGGUAUAUACUGAAUAUGGCGACGCUACAUUCGAAUGGGUCGAUGUAAAAACCUGUUACAAGCAUGAUGAAUGUAAAAAGUGCCGCUACGUACUCGAUAAUGACCAUUAUGUGGAAUCUCUAUGUAACGAAGAUGGAAGCAAAAAUAUGGAGGAUAGCACAAUAUCGAUUGGUAACCCCUUCAAUUCUACCGACAACUUGCUAGAUUCUAGUAUACUGACUACACUGGUAAAAAGACAGCUUCAAGAUGAUCCAAUGGGUGUCAUAGAAUCCACCGACAGACUAGACGCUGUAGAAGGCGAACCCAAAACCUCAAAAGAGAUUAUAAUAAACGUAGCCAACGCGACUGUCGUUAAAGACGUCACCCUGGAUUUACUGCACAAUGCCAACGGAUUGUACUAUAGCAUAAACAGUGAAUUGAUUGGGAAACCGGUGACUCUAAAGAUCAUGAACGGUCACACAGUCGUUACCAAAGUGAAGCUGGCAAAGACAAAGGCGGUGGAGUUUCUGGUCAAAAUGGGAGAAGAUGGACGGAAAAGGGUCUUCAUGUGGAUCCAUCAAGGAGAAGAAUUCUAUGACUGCCACGAGAUUCUACUGAUAAAUCCUUCCAAGGAUACUGCAAAGUACAAAAAGAAGUUUUUGCCCAUAGAAACUAGAAUAAAUUGA